AUGCCUCUGGUCAAGAGAAACAUUGAGCCUCGUCACCUGUGCCACAGUGCUGUACCCGAUGGAAUCAACAAUGAGCUGGAAUGUGUAACCAACAACACGCUGUCUGCUAUCAUCCGCCAGCUCAGUAGCCUGAGUAAACAUGCAGAAAAUGUGUUUGGAGAACUUUUUAAUGAAGCCAAUACGUUUUAUGUGCGUGCCAACGGUCUCCAGGACCGUAUCGACCGUUUGGCCGACAAGGUCACCCAGCUGGACUCCAGUGUGGAGGAGGUCUCACUUCAGGAUAUAAACAUGAGGAAGGCUUUUAAAAGCUCUACCAUCCAGAACCAGCAGGUUUUGUCCAAACGCAGCACUCCAAACUCUGUGUCUGACCUGUACAACAGCAGCGACAGGCCUCCUCCUCUGAGCACCCUCACUGCCUACAGAGAGGAUUCCACUGACGCCAUGAAAUACUAUUCUGACCCGUCAUACUUCUUCGACUUGUGGAAGGAGAAGAUGCUUCAGGACACAGAGGAAAAGAGGAAAGAGAGGAGGAGGCAAAGGGAACAGAAGCGAUGUGUGGAAAGCAGCACCCUUCAGCGUGAAGUGAAGAAGGUGAGAAAGGCUCGAAACCGCAGACAAGAGUGGAACAUGAUGGCAUUUGAUAAAGAGCUUCGCCCAGAUCAUCGCCAUCCGCAAACACUGCGGCGAAGGGCAUCGUCUGAAGGCUCGCUCUCCCCUGAUGGCAGGCCCGACAUCCCAGACUACCCCAUCCCUCCAGUGCCUGUCCACGCUGUUUGUAACUAUGCCAAGUCUCAUGAUUAUGUGCUUGGGAAUGCACAGCCCUCACCACCUGUGGAGCAUGAAUACCACAGCAUUGAUGUCAACUACAAGAGAGUAACCUACUCCAUGGCAGAGCCUCGUGCUGCAGAUCGAAUGAACAGUUCAAUUCGUCCACCUGCAGAUUACAACCCUGUCCCUCCUCCUCCUGCCCUGGGUCCAGCCAUCCCCUCAGCACAGACAGCCUUUGGUUUUCCUCUGGGCGCACUACCACCAACGCCUCAUAAUGGAGUUUUGCAUGUAGGCCCUGGUUAUGCACUCCCACCUGUGCCUCCUGUGGGGCCUUGCAUGGUUCCUCCUCCCCCAGGUCCCCCGCCUCCACCUCCCCCUCCCCAAGCUGCAGCAUCACACCUAUCAGGACACAGUGAAGGCAGCAGAGCUGACACUAAAACUGUGAGAGAUGCGAGAAGUGAUUUGCUGUCUGCCAUCCGUAUGGGCAUCCAGCUGAAGAAAGUCCAAGAGCAGCAAGAGCAGCAGAGUAAGCGUGAGCCGGUGGGGAACGAUGUGGCCACCAUCCUGUCCCGGCGUAUUGCGGUGGAGUACAGCGACUCUGAAGACGACUCUGAGCUGGAUGAAAAUGAUUGGUCAGACUGA